GUGUGGCCACUAAACCUCCUUUAUCCAGCUUGAACAACAGCUGCAAAACCUCACGUAGUGGGGUUCUGCUCCCGGACACCCUGGAAGGUCACUGGGUCCAGCAGAGAGCCAGGCUCCGAGCCCAGGACUUGGUUCAGCAGGUCGGAAAGGAUCAAGCCGGCCUUGGGAAGUAUCAGAGGCUAGAGAUUUGAAAGGGAGGCCGGGCUGCUCAAGAAUUCAAACCUGCAUCAGGCUGUGAAACCCGCCGGAGGCCCCAUGGCUGCAAAAUCCCAGCCCAGCGCUCCCCAAACCAAGAGUCCCGGCAGCAUGACCAAUGGCAGGGCUUCAACCCAAGGACAGUGGGGCCGUGCCUGGGAGGUGGACUGGUUCUCCUUGGCGAGUGUCAUCUUCCUGCUGCUCUGCGCCCCCUUCAUCGUGUACUACUUCAUCAUGGCCUGUGACCAGUACAGCUGCUCCCUGACUGACCCCGUGCUGGACGUUGUCACUGGGCGGGCUCAGCUUUCCGACAUCUGGGCCAAGACGCCACCCGUGACCAAGCGGGCGGCCCGGCUCUACGCCGCAUGGGUCACGUUCCAGGUGCUCCUGUACACGAUGAUUCCUGACUUCUGCCAUAAGGUUCUGCCGGGCUACGUGGGCGGCGUUCAGGAGGGCGCCGUGACCCCCGCAGGCGUCGUCAACAAGUAUGAAAUCAACGGCCUGCAGGCGUGGCUGAUCACACACCUCCUCUGGUUUGCCAACUCCCACCUGCUGUCCUGGUUCUCACCUACCGUCAUCUUCGACAACUGGAUCCCGCUGCUCUGGUGCGCCAACAUCCUCGGCUACGCCGUCUCCACCUUCGCCAUGAUCAAGGGCUACUUCUUCCCCACCGAUGCCCGAGACUGCAAAUUCACAGGCAACUUCUUCUACAACUACAUGAUGGGCAUCGAGUUUAACCCCCGAGUUGGGAAGUGGUUUGACUUCAAGCUCUUCUUCAAUGGGCGCCCCGGGAUUGUCGCCUGGACCCUCAUCAACCUGUCCUUCGCCGCCAAGCAGCGGGAGCUCCACGGCCACGUGACCAACUCCAUGGUCUUGGUCAACGUCCUGCAGGCCAUCUAUGUGCUGGACUUCUUCUGGAACGAAACCUGGUACCUGAAAACGAUUGACAUCUGCCACGACCACUUUGGGUGGUACCUGGGCUGGGGGGACUGCGUCUGGCUGCCGUACCUGUACACACUACAGGGUCUGUAUCUGGUCUACCACCCUGUGCAGCUGUCCACCCCCUACGCCCUGGGCGUCCUGCUGCUGGGCCUGGCGGGCUACUACGUCUUCCGCAUGGCCAACCAUCAGAAGGACCUGUUCCGCCGCACGGACGGGCGCUGCCUGAUCUGGGGCCGCAAGCCCAAGGUCAUCGAGUGUGCGUACACGUCGGCCGACGGGCAGAAGCACCACAGCAAGCUGCUGGUGUCCGGCUUCUGGGGCGUGGCCCGCCACUUCAACUACACGGGCGACCUGAUGGGCAGCCUGGCCUACUGCCUGGCCUGCGGCGGUGGCCACCUCCUGCCCUAUUUCUACAUCAUCUACAUGACCAUCCUGCUGACACACCGCUGCCUGCGCGACGAGCACCGCUGUGCCAACAAGUACGGCCGGGACUGGGAGCGCUACACCGCUGCCGUGCCCUACCGCCUACUGCCCGGAAUAUUCUGAAGGGCCGCCCUGGGAGGGCCCCCGAGGGGCAGUGCGGAGCACUGCUGUCGGGCCUGCCGGGGCAGGAGCUCAGCUCCACCUGCCAGGAGCCUCAGUGUCCUCAUCUGUGAAAUGGGGACAGCCCAGCACUCACCUUGAGGGGGAUUCCCAGGGUGAACACCAGCUGCCUUCUCACCAGCAGAAGUGGCCAGUUUUCUCUGUGCAGUGUUCUGAACACGGGAGGAUGACCUGUCAACCUUUGAUGAUCUGGCUUGCCCAUCGAUGACACCGUCUCUUCUCCAUACUGGGGGCCUGAGCCAUUCUGCUACCCAGACAGACUGGUGUCUGACACUGAAUGGGACAUCUUCCAGCCCCCGUGGUCAGUUCUGCCCUUAUUCUUGUUAAAUAAAGUGGAAGUGGACAUGUAA